AGCGGAGCCGGGAGGGAACGGGGCCCAGACCCCGCUCCUGAGGUCUCCUGCCCCGGCGGGGGCCGACCGGGAUCCGGGCCCCCAUUUGGGGGCUGACGUCACGCCCUGAUGCCCCCUUUCGUCAUGAUGUUUGGCAGCCCCACCAUCGCCCUGGAGCUCCUGAAACAAGGCGCCAGCCCCAAUGUCCAGGACACCUCCGGCACCACUCCGGCCCACGAUGCAGCCCGCACUGGAUUCCUCGACACGCUGAAGGUGUUGGUGGAGCAUGGUGCUGAUGUGAACGCCCCUGACAACACGGGGUCGCUCCCCAUCCACCUGGCGGUGCAGGAGGGCCACACGGCUGUGGUCAGCUUCCUGGCUGCCGAGUCUGAUCUCCAUCACAGGGACACCAGGGGGCUCACACCUCUGGAGCUGGCGCAAGGGAGAGGGGCUCAGGACCUCAUGGACAUACUGCAGGGGCACAUGGUGGCACCACUGUGACCCAGGACCACCCACUGCAGCCACAGGACCCAGCCGGGUUCUCUCUCCGAAAGGAGGAAAGAAACACUUUCUCUUUUUGCUCCUCCAGUCCCGCUGCCAAGGGUGGGGGAGCACCAGUUUGUGGCUUGUUGGUAUUGAUUUCUGGAGUGUGUGUGCUCAAGGGACAUUUCUCAUUUGUUUUUCCCUUUUGUGUGUUUGGUGAGAAGGGCUCCUGUAGGCAACAGCCACCUAAACGGUUCAGUUUCCUCCACUCCCCAGACUGCUGGGGCGACAGAGUCCCAAGGGCAGAGCGUUUAAAGCCUCAGCCCCAGAGUGAGGUCAUGGCUUCCAGGGCUCCUGGAACCUGGCGACUUGGCUGACUGUACAGAGAGCGAUCUCAAGUGUGCACUCUGCUUUUGAGCAUGGGGGGCGGGGGGAGUUCCAAAUGAUAAGAGGGUGGGAUGAGUUCAUUCAUAUCUUGUUGGAAACUUGUUUUCCUGUCUCUUGUACAGCUUUAAAAAAAGAUUCUAUUUAUUAAGCUUUAUGGACAAAAGUUGUGUGAUAACUUAAUGUUUUUACCCAUUAAAUUAAUUCUUGUGCUUGAU